AUGAAGGACAUGCUGAGUGUCAAGGACUGUGUCCUGGUAGCCAUGACUUUGAUGCUCGUACCGAUUCUUCUGAUAGAGCUUUUCGGCGUCGCAAUGGUUCGCAAAAAUAUGGAGGCGUUCCAAAACGAUGCCCCAGGCAUGCCACGCUUUACCGAACUGUUGAUUGGCGGUGCAGUCUCGUUGUUGCUGAUUGGCGUGCGGUUGACCGCUGUAAAGGCACUUCUUCCUCUGGGGAGGGCUGUACUUUCUCCACAAAAGAGAGUAGUCGAAGACCGCGUCCUCCGCUUUGCUACCGUGUUGUUCAAAUUUAUCUACUUUGUAUGCAUCACCCUUGUUGGUUUUAAAGUCAUGCAUGACGAACCAUGGUUCCCGGCAGCACUAGGAGGCAAGGGCGAGAUUCUAAAGUCGGUCGACACAUUCUCGCAACCUCCUUCCAGCGCGCUCAAAUACUACUUUCUGGUGCAGCUCGGGUACCACCUCCACAGCUUGUUGUUCACGGUGUUCCUCUCCCCAAUUCGCAGCGAUUUUAUCGAGAUGCUGCUGCAUCACGUAGCUACUAUCAUUCUAAUCGCUGGAUCGUUCCUGACCAACUACAUGGCCUAUGGCGCGGUUGUAGUGUUCACACAUGACGUCGGUGACGUCACUGGAUACGGCAUAAAGUCAGUCGUGGACACUGGCAAUACACCGCUUCUACUGUUCAUGUACGCGAUGCUUCUCAUAUCCUGGGCGUACACGCGCCUUUUCGUGCUGCCGUACCACCUCAUCUACCCCGCGACACUUUUUCUGCGGCAGAAUGACUCGGACCAUGUCAUCAUCUAUGCGCUUCCGAUGAUUGUCACGUUAUGCUUCCUCGUGGUGCUGCACAUUUACUGGUACUCCCUGUUUCUAGUUAUGGGCUACACGCUAUUGAAGAAAGGCGUGGCCGAGGAUAUCCAGCAGAAAGUCGGUGGUCCAAGUGAUGUGACUAAAGGUGAAGGAGCUCGCGCGAACAGUCCAUGCAAAAAAUCUAAGAACGACUAG